AUGACUGAAAAUCCCGAUGAAAAGUUUUUCGAUGAACUUGCAGAACUUGAGAAAUUAUACACCGUAUUCGGUGGGUCAGCGCAAGAGGAUGUUGCAUGCGCCAAAGUUUUCUGGAAUUCCCUCUCCCUGCAACCACCUUUAGAAUCCCGCCUGGUCUCUGCAGAUAUAAAACAGCGUUUGAGAAUAGCUAAACCUCCGCAGUCCAGUAAUACUGCUCAAAAGAACACUGAAUCAUGUCAGAGAAAUGAUGAGUUCCUACAGGAUCUUCACCUGAAGCAGAAACAGGAAGAAAGGCAGCGAUAUACAGAAAUGGCAAAAAAGAGAGACCAAAUCAUUGAACUUCUGAGGAAGCAGAGAGAUGAACGGAUUAAGAAAGAGAUGUUGUCCCUCCCACAUAAAACCAGAAAAAGUGGUCCGGAACGCCGGCCAGUCCCAAAGACGCCUCCACAGGCUGAUAGCCAGGACAUUAAAGAUGUUGAAGCACUCCAGUGA